GAACUGUCAAAGUCAAAACUCGCAUUGACAUUUGUUUCGCCCAAAUUCAUUGGAAAAGGAAUGGCAGUGAUUUUUGGAUCUGCCGGAUAAUAUUAUAAGUGUUACUGCAAAUAUAAUUAAGCAAAAUGUUACGGUUUUGUGCACAAACUACGUUCAGUCAAAGUAAAAUUCUCAUUCGACCCCUCAAUCAAAAAGAUAUAACCUCUAAAUUAAAAGCCAUUAGCAGCUGUACGAGUAUUUUGAGUAGAAAUUAUGCGGUGAAAUUGACUGAAGAAGAUAACAAGUUAGAAUGUAUAUACAAAGGUCCACUGACGCCGCAGAUUAAGGGUGUGAAAGUGUUUUCAUUAAGUUCGAGUGCCGCGGGCUUAUUGGCACAACCUAUAAUCAUUAGAGAAGCGGCGACGAUAGGCAGUACUUCGCUGCUCGUCGCUCUUUGCUCAGUAGUUGGGUUCUUUACAUUCGUUACACCCGUGUUACUGCACAUAAUCACCAAGAAGUAUGUAACAGAAAUACAUUACGACCCUACAACAUCAACAUACACUGCUACAACUAUAAAUUUCUUUCUAGCGAAGAAAAAGCUGGACUUCAAAGUAGAAGAUGUUGAGGUUCCUGAAAUUCCAGGCAUGUUCACCACAUUGAAAGCUAAAGGAACACCUCUCUUCAUAGAAGCAAGGCACUUCAAUGAUCCCCUACACUAUGCAAAAAUGAUGGGCUACGACAAACCUAUGGACUUCAAACUUGGGGACAAUAGUGCGGACCCAAGUAAAUAGAUGUAGGC